AAGCACCAGCAUCAAAGAAGAAGAAGCUGAAAACAAGUCACAAAAUAACAAUACCUCGUAACAGUAUCAGUAUGUCAGCAGCAGCAGCCAGUCCAAUGACAAUGCCUGCCCAUGCCGAGUCCCCAUCUUCAGCUACAAUUGCAGCUCUAGCACCACCAUCAUGUGCUGCCACACCACCCGCAGGGUCCACAUUGAGUUUACCCUUAGGCAAACGGGGCCACAAACGCAGUGUCUCGCUGGAGAAUAAUGCUCCAUUGGCAUUGAGAAGCACCCCGAAUUUGGGUCAGUCCGCACUGGGAUCGCCUCUGCUGCAGUUUCCCCAUGCGGCUGGUCAGCACUUUAUUCCUCACACAGGUACUCUGAAGUCACGUCAAGAGCAACGGCGCCUUAGCCAGAAAUUUGGCAGUCAUAGCAAUCUGGAUGAUGAUGGGGUUGCUGUUGGAAUCGGUGGAGGCGGAGGAGUGGGUCUUGGAGCUACCAGCUCCCAGCUACGUAGCAAAUUUCAAAAUAUAAGACAAAUGUUCGAGUUGAGUCGAAGUUGUGUGGGCGAAGAGGCGCUUCAAUCUUUGCCAGCUACUCUCGGUCUUAAUCAGCGACGGACCACUCCUAUAGCAGUUGGAUCUACGGGUGGAUCUGCUAUAGCUGCUGUUGGCGGUAGUCGUUUGGCUAUUAAUGAGCCAACACUAUUGGGCGAGCCAUUAGAACAGAAUCAAAGCAAUGGGAACUUUCUGCGACCUAUUGUUUUCAAACCUAUACCAUUUGAGCCGGACUAUCGUAUACAGCAACAGCAACAGCAACAACUACAAUCUCAACAACAUCAGCAACAGCAACAACAACUACAACAGCAGCAACAGAUGUACCACCAACCGGCAAUAGUGAAUGGACAAGCGGAACGCUAUGGAUAUGGAUCGACACCCUCAUUGGUGCCUUUACCCCCAGCAGCUACUCAGAAAUUUGGCAGCACAACGGACUUGCGACAUUUGGCGGCCCGAAGACGAAAUCAUAGGGUGACGCAGCGUUCCGGCCAAGAAGAAACUCCCAAUCUUGACUGCAUGGGUGUACGCCAUGAUGUUAAUAGUAAAUCCAAUAACGCCGUCAAUGGCAGCGAUCUAACCCCAUCACCCUCUGACUCUGGCAUAUCGGAGCUGGAGGCUGCUCUGAAGGAUCGUGACUCUGAGCUGUCGUAUCUGCGUCAGGCAAUGGAACAUAAUGAGAAAGUAAUUUUCAAAGUUCAAAAGGACAAAGAGGCCUACUGGGAGAACGAGACCCAACGGCUGCGACUCUUUUACGAGGGCCAGCAACGCGAGUACCAAUUGAAGUUUAAGAAAAUGGAACAGCUAUUGGCUCUUCAGCAGUUCCAAUUAAAGCAGCAUAAGCUGCGGCAAUCGGAGCAGGUACAGAAGCUGCAGCAGCAGUUGGAACACGCUCGCAGCAGUAACCAGAGUCUACAAAACUCGGCGUUAACUAUGAAUCAACAACUGGAGGAGGCCCAUCAAACUGUCGCCAGCUUGCGUGUACAAUUGGAGGAUAGCGAAUGGAAGGUAUGCGAACGAAAUGGCGAGAUAGCUUUACUCAAAACACAGCUUAAGGAGGCCCAUAUUGAUAUCCAUCUCAAAGAUCAUGCUAUUGUCAGUCUAAAGCACAGCAACAAUAACAACAAUAUUGAUAAUAAUAGCAACAGCAAUUGUGAAACAAGUCUAUGCCAAAGUCAACCAAAGGAGGAACCGCAUCAGCAGCAGCAACUGAAUAAGAUAAUUGGACUUAAGAAUCAGGUCAUAAGUGCCCUGACCAAUGAGCUAGCAAAAUUGCGUAAAGAACUAUCUGAUUUGGCCAUAGCACAUGAAUACGGGGAAGAGCCAUGCGGUCGUUAUACGCGACUGAAACAACAACUGGAUAAUCUAAAUGAUAUAUGCCAGAAGACUCGAAAAUACUCAACAGUACCAAACAUCGGGGAGGGGAACGACGAGCAUGAGAAUGAGCGGGAGAAAGCCACCACACCCCAGCAAUACCAACAACAAACGCUAGAUACUCUUAUCGAGGAGUCCACUUCAUACGCCGAGGAUAUUGCAAAGUUACGUCAGAAGCUGGAUGAUUUUCGUAUCAAUCUAGAGCUGGAGAAGCGUCAAUGGUGUGCCGAGAAGGACAAGGUCUUGGGCUAUCAGAAGCAAUUGCAAGCGCACUACAUAAACAUGUACCAAAAGCUCAGAUGUCUGGACAACGCUGGCAUGGAUAUAGCACCGUGUACAGUUGCCGUCAAGUCGACUAAUGUGAACUGAAGGGCAAGCGCUAACUUUUCUGGUGCUAAAAAAUAGUUGCUUCAACUUGCGUCAUCCAUGACACUUCCAGGGCCUAACCAGCUGCUUUGGCAAUAAAGAACACACAUAAUGCAAUUUUAUAUACUAUACACAUAUACAUAUAUUUU